GACGUGGSUGGCUAGCUAGAUGUAAAUAUUGACAAUUUGGAAAUUUACCACACAUGUUAUGGAGACAAGUUGUUUCUCUGAUAUCGACAAUGAGUCGGCGUCAAUUGUAGAUGAUUCUGAAGGAGAAGAAGAAAAAAAUCUUUACCUGGACAGAUUGAUGCUUGCAGAUUUUCUAGACUCGCCAUACUCACAUAAUUUUUCCACACCACACACCAUCAAUGGCUGUAUAGACGGGUUUUCUCCUCAGAUAGCGAUGUUGACUUGUAGACGUUUGGAUGGCUUGGACCAAGUGCGUCUCACACCUGAAAAGAUCCAAUCCCCAUAUUUGUCAAGGAGUUCUGGGAUUCCAGAUGACGAGAAGGGAAUGGACAGUAUUAUCGCUCAAGGACAUGAUGGAGAAGACAGUGAGGGGAUGAUAGAAGAGGAUCCCUCUGAGGGGUUAGUGUCAGAGAGUCCCUCACAGCACGUUGGGAGUGGUACCUCUACCAGACGUUCGAAGAGAGCAGCGACGGUAGCUAARACACAGAAGGAGAUAGGUGCAGAGCCCAAGAGACAGACCAGGCUGACUGACAGUCAGACACAGGGUAGUAGACAGACCAGACCAAUGGAAGAAAUCAGACCAACCAGGCAGAACAGAGGGACCAGACAGAAUGACAACCAGGCACAGGAGAACAAACAGGAGAACAGACAGACCAGGCAGACUGACAGCCAGAAGCAGGAGACCGGCGAACCAGCCAGACAGACCAGGCAGACUGACAGCCAGAAGCAGGAAAAUGGAGGUAAUAGUUCCACCAGCAACAAGCCAGGGACACUGAGAGGUGUGAACCAUGGUCAAUCCCAGAGCAGGCGGGGCAUCACCCGUCUGAAUGUCCUCCACCGGAAGAACCGUUACGGGGAGACUCUACUCCACAUUGCAGCCAUGCAAGGAGAAACCCAGUGGAUCAGAGGCAUGCUGUCGCUGGGCCCCGACAUCAACAUGGUCGACAACGCAGGUUGGACUCCUCUUCACGAGGCAGUGUCCCACGGUCACUAUGAGAUCAGUAAGUACCUGAUCCAGGCAGGAGCUCAGGUCAACUGUACUGGAGAAAAUGGAACCACACCUCUACUUGAUGCUGUAGAGCAGGGACACCUGCAGAUAGCAGAGUUGCUGUUGAAGCACGGGGCAGACCCUCUACUGAAGAACAACAAUGGACAGACAGCCUAUAGCAACACCACAGAACCCUGUCUGAUUAAACUCAUGGAGAAAAACAUCCCCAAGAACAAGAGAAAGGCACUAGCAGCACCAACAAAACGACCGGCAGACUCGUCCCAACUCAGCCCGUCCCAAAGUGGAACAGAGAGGAAGCUCAGGAGGUUACCAGUUCAGGCAGAUCAGACCAGCACUGACCAGCGGAGAGAUAUCAGCAGUAGACGCGCAACACACCAGAAGGAUCCUAUGUGA